AAUGGACAGGCGCACCCUCCUUCCGAAUCCAGAGAGAGAGCGCGCACCGUGUAAGCACAUAGCUGCGUGUGGUGAAGUUUAGUAUGCCUCAUAUAAUAACCGUGUUAUUGAACGGAGAGUCAAUUCCAGAAAUCCUCGCCUACUUCGCUAGAUUUAUUUUAUUUUAUUGGUGUUGGGGAUUAAAACUGUCUCACUUAGCGUUCACCUUUUUUGUUUUUCUUUAGUCCGCCUGCGCUCUUGGAUCUAUUUGGAGAUGUCUGAGUUUAACCACUCAAAUCUAUCAGGCGGAAACGCUCCGGACCCGGACUACAAGUGGACUUAUGAAUAUUACGACGAUGAUGAGCCUGUUUCGUUCGAGGGACUGAAAGCGCACCGAUACUCCAUCGUGAUAGGCUUCUGGGUGGGCCUGGCUGUCUUUGUCAUCUUCAUGUUCUUUGUCCUGACGCUUCUCACCAAGACCGGAGCUCCACAUCCCGAAGGAGCUGAGCCCUGUAAGAAGCGUGUUCGUCUGACCAGCUGUGUGGAGGACCUCCGCCCCCCUGCAGACCCUGACAACCGGCCAUGCCUACAACUGGACUCCUCUCUCAGCCGCUCCCUCUUCCACUGCUACAUCAAUGAGCAACAGGCCCAGGGGGUGUCCAGGCCUGGAGCUGGGGCAGGAGCUGUGGGAGCACCCAGAGGAGGGCUGGUCCAGGGGCCGGGGCGAGGCAGCCCAGAGGAGGGGGUAGUGGUGGGGAUGGGAGUAGGUGUCAGCCAUACCCUGCAAGGGGCUGCCAUGUUGGGGGGGAACCGGACUGACCACAGAGAGGCAAUGUCCCUGUCCCAUUUCAACAUCCCUAACGUUGUGAACUCCGAGCACAGCUCCACCCUGGGGGCGGACGAUCUGCUGCUGGGGGAGCCGCCAAUCAUCAUGGAGAGGGAGUGUCAUCGGCCCCACAGCGCACAUCACAUGAUGGACUAAGGUCCCCUCUACGUCCUGGGAAACCACCAAUCAUCCUAGAUGAGGAGUGUCGCUCCCAUGGGGUCCAUCACACGAUUGACUGGGGGAACCACCAAUCAUCCUAGAGGGGGAGUGUCAUCGACCAUGUAGCGCCCUUCAGGAGAUGGACUGUCCUGCCCAUCAAACAAUAGACUAUGGUCCUGCUUACUUCUCACACCCACCUCCGUUAGGACAUUAUAGAUAAUUAUGAGGACAUCACAGGACUCACCAGCCUUAUAUAGAGUCGUGUCAUCCGAAUUCAUGGAGUUUCAAAUAAGUCCUAAUCUAAUAUUCUGUGUUGUGCCAGUCAUGUACAGUGCAAGCUCUCCUAAUUAGGCUGUGGUUCCAGCUUCCCACACCACCUCCACUGUGUAACUGUACCUCCUGACAUUUUCAUUCUGUUCAGAUUUGGUUCAGGCCAAAAUACUGUACAGUCAAAAUAUAUAAACAUUUAAAUGUUAAAUAUACAUAUGUGAUAUGCGCUACUUUUAUAAUCUUUAUGUCAACAAGGUUGCCUACGCAGAGCCAGAACGUGACGUCACAUCUCAACGCUAAACUGGAAGUUCAGCUUCAUCAAGUUGAUUAGAAUGUUUUUAUAUAUUUUUUUAAUUUAACCUUUAACUAGGAGGUGAGUUAAGAAAAAAAUAUUAUUUACAAUGACAGCCUACCCCGGCCAAAUCCUCCCCUAACCUGGACAACGCUGGGCCAAUUGUGCGCCGCUCUAUGGGACCCCCGAUGACAGCCUGUUGUGAUACAUCCCGGGAUUGAACCCGGAACUGUAGGGACGCCUCUAGUACUGCAAUGCAGUGCCUUAGACCACUGCGCCACUCGUUCCCCCCGUAUAGAGUUGGAGGCCUUGCAGGAAUCAGAUAAAGGGAUGGCGACAACAGAAGAGGUAAGGAGAAUUUGAUACAACAACCAAAAUGCACCAGAAAGGCAAGACUCUUCUCUUGGGUUUUCAAUUCAACAGCAGUCUGAAUGUUGUCCUUGUUCAGUACUAAUUGUAGCAUACCUGUUCCUCACUAUAAACUGUCAUAGACAUAACU